AUGGAUGUGAGCUUUACGAACGUGUUAGAGGGGGCUCGCCAGUACUUUCAGGGACUGCCCGCGCCAAGUACAACAGCAGUACCACCUAUAUCCUCGUCCUCGUCAUCAUCGUUGUCGUCGUCAUCGGAUAAAAAUAACGAGAGUAAUGGAUAUACGAGCCAACAGCACUCUAAAACACCCUCCAGUGAUUCAAGGUACGACGAGAAUAAAUCGACUGACGCUAGAGACACUGAUUCGUACUGGAAUUCCCCAAACAAUCCAAAUGAAUUACGGGCUAUUGUUGAACCUUAUCCACCUCAACCAACGCGUGUUGAGGUAUCAGACACGAGGCCCGACGACGGGGGACCCGAUGGUGCUCCCAAUAACAGUAAAAGUCUAACGGAAAUGCAACCGCCAAGUAGGCCUCAAUCCCAAAACGUUACAGCUGCCAGUCCGUCCCCUAAGCUGCUGCACCAACUCGAGCCGCAGCUAAACCCACCACACUCGCCGCCCGUCUACCAGCAGCUCAAUACUGUGUCGAGAAACUCCUCAUAUCAGACCCCCGAGAUGUUUAAUUCACACUCGAAUUAUCACCCCAAUCAUCAUCACCAGUCGCCAAGCACCACUGGUCCAGGUGAACGUCCACCUUCCGCCCCGAUAGUUGCUGCCGCAGUGGCAGCAGCUGCAGCGCAAAGGACGCAGUACUACCCUCGUUAUCACCAUCCAGACAUAACUAAAAGUGCUCCAGUUCCUUUUUCGCAGAGCAGUAUUUAUCAAUCGCCACAAACAGCUACUUAUACGCCGACUUCCGUGGCUCAAAUGCAACAACAACAACAACACCAACAACACCAACAACAGCAGCAGCAACAACAACAACAGCUGCAACAACAACAACAACAACAACAACAACAACAACAACAACAACAACAACAACAACAACAACAACAACAACAACAACAACAACAACAACAACAACAACAACAACAACCACAGCAGCAACAACCACAAACUAACUUAGAUACAAAUCAACAUCACCAACCGUCUAAUUACCCGGCAUAUCAAGGAACAAACAACAAUCGCGACCAGUCAAACCGUCCAGGACUGCCUCAAAACUCAAACAAUCAACCGUCGUUGUUACACCAUCAAAUAGAUGUAACGCAUUCCUCAACAGCGACCUCUUCAAAUCCUUGCAGUUCACGACACGGCAGUCAGAGUCACAUUCCUUCCUCGCAGCACGGACAUCCAGGGCACGUACCAUCGCCACAUUUGCCGGUGGCAUCAGUACCACCACAUCAUCAUCAGCAGCAGCAGCAGCAACAGCAACAGCAACAACAUCUGCAAAACCAACAUCCUAGUCGAAUGAAUACGUCAUCCCAUAUCACCUCUAAUUCGUAUCCCCGAGCGACAAAUGCUUACCCGUCGGCUCAUCCUCCCCCGAUGGUAAAUGUAAAUCAACAGCAAAUGCUACCACCCUCCUCGUCAUCCGCCUCCUCAUCCUCGUCGUCAUCAACAACAUCAAGUUAUCAUUCAGCGACGGCGGCUUCACCUCACGAAUCGAAUCAUCACGCCAGUCCAUCAUCCCAGCGGCAAUCACCGCACGUUACAGUUGUCCACAAUCCACACAACGCUAUUUCUCCUCAUCACCAUACUCCCUCGCCCCACCAUCAUAAUACCACACCCUCGCCCCACAACACCGGAAAUUUCCAGCCUCAUUCGCCGACCUAUCCGCCCCCACCGCUACCAACUCGCUCCCCGGUUCAUCCGUAUGGACUUACUGCCGUGUCCCAGCAACAUCAUCGACCACCUUCAGCAAAUUAUCCUGCCAGCGCUUAUUCGCCGCAUCAGCACCAGCAGCAACAGCAACAGCAACAACACCAGUCUUCGUAUCAUUCCUACCAAAAGAAUUCGCAAAGCGGCGUUUAUUCCCAAUCAGCGCCGCGAUCGCAGCCACACCACCCGUACAGUCAACAAACAUUAAACCAACCGACACCGCCUCUACCGCCAGCAUCGACUAGUUCCACUAGCAAUCAUUUAAAUGGUGUCUCUCCUUAUCUGACAUCGCCCAGUAAAUCAGCUGAUAUUUACAAUGGUGGCACUAUUGAUCCAAAACGAAAUACUACUGUUGCUGCUAAUCAAAUUACAUCGUAUAAUGCUAAUAAUAAUAACAAUAAUAAUAAUAAUAAUAAUAAUAAUAAUAAUAAUAAUAAUGGUAAUAACAACAAUAAUAGUAAUAGUAGCUCAUAUCGUAUGCCAGCAGUGUCACAGAGGAAUACCAACACGCACAAUUUACCCAUUACUGCGAUAUCGUCUUACCACUCAAAUAGAAAUUCACGAGAAGCUGUAGGUAAAGCUCAAACUAUUUCACGACAACGUGCUCCAAUGAUUGUACCGAGUAGUAAUAGCAAUAAUAAUAACAAUAAUAGUAACAGUAAUACCAUAAGUAGUGGCAGUGGAAGCAGUUCAGUAUCACAGUCAACGGUACAUUCUCCUCGAGGAAUACCUACGUCAGACUAUCAAUUAAAUUCAUCAUCAAAUGUCAUUCAUCCUGUAACCACUACAAGUUCCGGCUAUAAUAAUAAUAAUAAUAAUAAUAAUAAUAAUAAUAAUAAUAACAACAAUAGUGUAAACACCUCAUACAGUGGAUCAAAUUACAGGAAUUUAGCGACAACCAUAGCACCGAGUCACCAUGGUAAUAACUCUAGCACAACGGUAACAUCAAUUACUGUGCCAGAUCGUUCUUCAGCGCCGUCCGCCGUUACAACAAUACACGCACGUCCGUCUUCCGAUCCAGCGACUAAAACCAGUGGUGCUUAUCAACACUCUGCUUCUUCUUCGUCAUCCUCAGUCACAAAUACCGCUGAUAAUUAUGCGUACAAAGAUUAUCCAUACAGCAACUCAUUACCGCCAACAAAUAGUCAAUCGGGAGUAAGUGGAUUAAGAUCAACAGCACAGUCAUCCUCGCUUCCAGCAAAUGGACUGCCUCUGCGCAAGCGAGAAUCACCUCUCGACUUGUCUGUCAAGACUAUUAAGACAUCAGCAGACUCGACUGCUCGCGAUGACUUUGACAAUGGAUCCACGGACAAACAAGUCAGCAGUAGCAGUAGUAGUAAUAAUUCGAGAACCACUGUCGGCAGAAAUAACAUGCUCCCGCCGGCAGUACAACCAGCCGGAGCGACUCCUUACGUCACGUACGACUCAAGAAGAAACCCCGUUGCUUCGAGUCUCAGGCCGUCGACCCCGCAAAUGCCCGUUUGUGCACCAAAAGUUGACUUUCUUCCCAACUUCAAUUCAACGCCGCUGCAGCGCCAUCAUCACCAACAUCAACAGCAGCAGCAGCAGCAGCAGCAGCAUCAUCAACAUCAACUAAGUCAACAGUCCAAUCACAUGAUGGAAAGCCCGCUGAGACGUAGUUCGUCUUAUCAGCAGUUAUACGUACCGCAGCCACCUCAGCAUCAAAAUUCAACGCCUUUACCUAACAUUUCAAGUUUUAAAAAGUCUUUACUGUCCACCGGUGCUCCAUUGUACGACAACAAAGGACCCUUAACUUCCUCCUCUUAUUCACCAAUUAACAGUGACUCUUCAAACAGUUCACGGUCGUCGUCAUUCAGUCGGUACAAUCCAGCAGUUGAUCCAGCCAGGCCACCAGCACUUACGGUUCACGAUUAUCCGCCGUCUGAUAAUAAGUAUUACAUGGAUAGUAGAAAUAAACAACAACAUCCUCAUCAAUCUCCUUAUCAUCAUCCACAUCCUCAUCAGCAUCAGAAUCCUCACGCUAUUCCUCAACACCAACAUCAUCCGCAUUCUCAUCAUAAUUAUCCAUCGGCGACGCGUGAUCGAGUUCCUGUAAAACGUCCCGGUGAGCCGAUAUCGAUGAGUGGCUCUGAACCCGGACCAACUGAAGCGAAACAGCCGCGUGGGGAAAACUGGAAGGCAAUUAUUGACAAAGAACUCCAGCAAAAGUUAGAAAAGGCACGUAUAUUGCACGAGCAACAAAAAAGAUUUGAGAUGACCUUGCCGCGGGCAAUGCCAAAUGGGACAUUGGUGGCGCCGUCUUCGUUUAACCAAAGGGACCAUCCUUGUCCGGCACCACCAAAGAAACUCACGGCUUUCUGUGAUAAACGGGCGUACACUGAGUCCACCAAACUCCCGAGAAAUUCAAAUACUAUGUCCUACAAUAGUAGUAGUAGUAAUGUUAAUAAUCAUAAUAGUGGUAGUAAUAAUAAUAGUAAUAGUAAUAAUAUCAAUACAAUAAGUCCUCAUAUGGGUGAAAAGUCGCCUCAUUCUAACGCGGCUCAGUCGUCCGGGCAACCGACAGCUAGUCAAAUGGCUUAUCCUUCUUCUGGUUAUCCACGUCAAAGUCUGAAAUCACCUUACCUCAGUGUACCAUCACAAUCCCUGGAUCAACCCACCAACAACACAGGCGCUGAUAAACGGGUGCUUAGUUUGUUGAGAAAUAGCCUUGAAAACAAACAACAAAGGGAAGAGCAGCUCAAUAGUCAGCAGCCUAUUUUGGUUAAUCAUAGUCAACAGAGUUUCCAAAAUAAGGUUGUGGCCCCAGUUGAGCCGAAGACAAACAUAGGUAGACACAAUCUAUCGCCAUUUACAGCGGCGAGCUUACUCGAGCGUAAUAGCAAUACGCCACCGCAUUAUAAGUUCCAUGUGCCAAGGGCAGUAGACUCGAUCACUCAAGAAACUCCCCGCAGCUUAUACGCCUCAAGGGUUAAUUCAUCGGCUACUCUACCUGCGGGUAAAGAGGCACUUUUGGGUCCCAGAGAACUUGAAAAUCAAAUUCACCGUGAUAAGGACGAUAGCCUUGCAGCUAUCCUUGCUGCUAAAAUUCGCACCAAAGCCGAGUUGAAGCAGGUUGGAACUGGUCAGUUUGCAUCAAAACCGGUGUUACUAUCUCAAGAUACAACACCUAAUGAUUACGAACGCGUAGCGUCAACGUCAACCCCCCAAUCAGUAGCUUCAUCGGCAGGUAGCCCCCCGAAACUAACGUGUGAAAAAACCGCGUGUUUACCACCUCGACGUCGCUUGUUUUCAAGAUCAGAUGAAGAUAAUAAUAUGCCCGUAGCUGCGACGAUACCCGCUGCUCAGGCCGCUACAACACCGGCAUCAAUUAAAGCAGUAGCAUCCGCGGCAACAGUCGCUUCACGUGCCAGCGGAUUCCGCAGCUCGAGUGAAACUUCGGUAUUUGAUUUUCGCGAGAGCGAUUCAGAAGGUGAAAUGCCUGUACUUGAGCGUCAAACGCUUGAAGAAAUGCGUCGCGAUCGUAAACAGUUGUCUAAAGUACAACCACCAGUUUCGCUGGAUGAUGCUAUGUGUAUCGGAAUGACCUCUUCCGUCGAUCUCGUAAAAAUCGAACUUAAGGAAAAUGACAAUGUAGGCGAAGUAGAUCCAUUUUGGUCGGCAACCUGUGAUAAAUUUAUCGAACAAUUACGUGGUGGUAAUACUAGUGAUACUAGUACUGUUAAAAAACGUGGAAGAAAGAGGAAAAUUGGUGACACUUCUGGUACAACAAAUAACUCGGUUAGUAAAAAUACUCCUUCGACAAUAACGACAGAAACAUCACCAACAGCAAUAGUAAAUAGUACUAGUAAAAACGGUGGUGCUAAUAGUAAGACUAUCGGUAUGAGUAAAGAAGAAAGUAAAGUUUCUAGUACUGCUACGUCACCAGUUGUUGUAAUAAAACCAGAAGAUAUCAAAAAAGAGAUUAAUGAAGAUGAAACAUUGAUUACAACUGCGAGUAAAACUCCAGCAUCAACUACUGUGAUGACGACCAAGGGUACAACGAAGACUAUCACGUUGAAGAACGAAAACAAUGACGGUGAAAUGAAAAAUAAGUGUAAUGCUGAGUCAGUAAAGCCAGUUGCUGUUAAAAUCGAUCCUUCGGAUACGGUUACUAAGCCAAAAUCUGAGGUUAAAAUUAAGAAAGAUAAAAAAGAUAAGAAAGAAAUUUCGUCUAAAACAGCAUCAGCAGGGAAGUUAGUGAAUGAAAAAGAUGGCAAUAAUACGGAUGAUGAUAGUACUGUCGAGUUGCCGGUUGUAAAAACUAGGACGAAAAGGUUAAAUUAUUUAUCAGACGACAGUGAUGAUUAUAAUGAAGAAAUACGUAUGAUGCGACGUCACUAUAAGCAGACGAGCAGAAUAACUACAACUGCGACUAAAACUUCAGCAUCAACUACUGUGAUGACGAUCGAGGGUACAACGAAGGCUACUACGAUAAAGAACGAAAACAACGACGGUGAUACGAAAAAUAAGGGUACUGCUGAGUUAGUAAAGCCAGUUGCUGUUAAAAUCGAUAUUUCGGAUACGGUUGCAAAGUCAAAAUCUGAGGUUAAAAUUAAAAAAGAUAAAAAUGAUAAGAAAGAAAUUACGUCUAAAACAGUAUCAGCAACACCAGCAGGGAAGUUAGUGAAUGAAAAAGAUGGCAAUAAUACGGAUGAUGAUAAUACUGUCGAGUUACCGAUUGUAAGAACAAGAACGAGAAGAGCGUUAAAUUAUUUAUCAGACAGUGAUGAUUAUGAAGAAAUGCGUUUGAUGCGACGUCAAUUUAGGCAGGCGAACAGAAUGAAAUUAAAAUUAUCGAGCUCGAGUGAGUCGUCAAGUGACAAGGGAGAAGAGAGAGAAGAAGAUAAAGUUGAAGCUGAAGCAGAAGCCGAUGAAGAGGAGGAAGAAGAAGACGAGGAGGAGGAGGAGGAGGAGGAGGAUGAUGAUGACGAGGAAGAGGAAGAAGAGAGUGACGCAAGCACUGAAUUUGGUCGUGGUUCGACUGUAGCACAGAGAUUAAGACCUCGUAAACGUGCUGGAAAAGGUUCCGCUAGCGGUGCUUCUGCUUCAGUUCCCGAUGGUAUGAAAUUGCGACCACGCGAGGUCAAGACAAAGGAGGAAAAACCGCAAAAAGCAUCUAAAAAUAAUCAAUCGCAAAAAUCAAAGCCGAAACCAUUGUUUGGAGAUGGAAGCGAUUUUCGUCCAGGCUGGGAGGAAGAAGUAUUUAUUUACAAGAAAUCCCUUCGAAUGCCUGCACGGUUAAUAAGUGUGUCAAAGCCAUCGCGUUUUCAUCGUUUGUCAACGUCAUUACCUGAUUUGGAUCCUGAUUCACCGGCGCUAUCUGCGGUAUCAAUGGAUAGUGCAGAUGUUUGUUUACUGCGUAAACGAACAACAAUCCAAGCAGCAACCGCCGCAGACAGCGAUGUUGAUUCGAAUUACAGCUUUAGUAUCAGCGGUUUGGGUCUAGGUCUCAGUGGCGGUAGCAAAGUUGUCGAUGAUGAGGAAGCCACAUCAUCCACAACCGUAUCAUGCCCACCUAAAACAACAUCGACGACAACUACGCGACAAACAAGGUCAGAAUCAAAUUCAAUAGUUGAUUUGCUGGCUCGUAAAGUUGGCGGUAGUAAAAAAGACAGCAGAAAAAAAUGCAAAGAUAAGUUGGAAAAAAGUUUAAGCUGUAGUAAAAUAUUGCCCAAGGGUAGUAAUGAACCAGAAUUGUUGGCAACUCCUAGCUUUAGUCCGCUUGUAACUGGAGCAAUGGCUAAUGAUAAUAAUUCAAGUGGCAAUUCUAAAGCAAAGGGCAAUAACGGUAAAACACCGACUAAAAAUAGUAACAGUAAAUUAUUAAAGCAAAUUGAUGCGACUAAUGAAUCAUCCUCAUCUUCAUCAUAUUUAUUGGGUUACUUUCGAAAAGAGACUGUCAAUAAUUUUCGCGAUACCUUUAAAAAUAAUUAUGCACUGCCGAAUGAAUUUUCGACUUUUAUUUUAAAGAGUCGUACGAGAACUGAAACUAGGGUAAUGAAAAAACAAGCGACUAUUAGAGAGGUAUUUGGCGAAGAUCGGCCAGCUUCUGCUCCGCCCAUGCAAAAUCACGCUGGCGAUACUUCCCAAGAUGACGACUCUCAAACAGAUGAAAUUAAAGAAAGUACGCUCGAUAAUAGUAAUAGUAAUAGUAGUAGUAAUAAGAGUAAAUUAUUUAAACAAAAGGUUGUCAAUAGAUUAAAUAAUGCCGGAAUACUGGGAAGUAAUAAUCCUGCUUUUAAGUCGAAACGUUAUUUGCGGUUAGAACAAAGACGCGGAGUACUGCUUAAUAAAUCAAGUGAUAAAGAUGAUGACGAUGAAGAUGCUGAUGACAAAGCUAAACUUAAUGUUAAUGUUGUCGGCAAUGUUAAUGUUAAUAAAAAUAAGAGUAAACAUAAUAAAUUAGCAGUGGAUAGUGGUAAUACUAAUAGUAAAAGUAAUAAUAGUGCCACUGGAGGCGGUAUUAAAAUAAAGAAGGAAAUUAAGAAAGAAGAGGAUGAUGAAGUAGAUGUUGCGCCGGCUGAUGAUGACGAAGAGGAUGAUGAACAGGAUGAGGAUGAAAUUGAAGAUAUUCAAGAGCCUGAUAAUGAUAAUAAUGACGGUACUGAAAUAUUGGGUAAAAAGAAACUUAAAUUACGCACUGGUCGAAGAAAAUUCCGUUCUGGGUUUGAUUAUAUACGUAAAAAGAAAAAACCCUUGAAGAAAGAUGAUACUACUGCCAAAGAACGUAAAAAACCGACGAUAUCGAGGCCGAAUGCUGAGAGUGUCGCGGAUAUUCAAAACGAAAUUAGGACAUGGGUUAUUAAGAAAGGAGUCGGAGAAACUAUUCUGCAUCGGGCUGCUCGACUGGGUUGUACAGACGUUGCUGCUUAUUGUUUAGAAAAAUUGAAUAGCCUUCCUAGUCCGAAAGAUAAUGCAGGAUAUACUCCACUUCACGAAGCAUGUUCGCGCGGUCACUUGGAAAUCGCAAAAUUAUUACUGGCGUAUGGAGCUAAUGUUAGUGAGAGUGCUAAUGGUGGAAUAAGGCCUCUUCACGAAGCAGCUGAGAAUGGUGCUACAGAACUAGUAAGAUUAUUACUUUCAUAUGGUGCUGACCCAUUAUUGGCAACUUACGCCGGACAAACACCGUUAAUGUUGGCGGACAAAAAGGCUCAUUCUAUUCUCGCGCAACAUUUGGACGAUGUUCAAGGCCGGUCAGCCGAACCUUGGAGUUUUGGCGGCCCUUCAACCUUGUUCGAUCCUGAAGAAACUGGUUACAAUCCAUUAGAAGAUCCGCCGAUGGACUCACCAGAGCCCGAAAUAGACGAAAUAGAAAUGGAAGUUAGUGACAUUAAUUUGCCGGUCCUGUUUUCUAUAGCAAAUGACCCGGAUAAAUGGGUACUACUGCAGGAUCUAAUGGCCGCAUCAAAAUUAAAGAGCCGGGAUGCGUUAUUAAGGCAAAUAAACCCGAAAGCUACCGGGCCUCCGGCAAUUGCUCAUCGCAGUGUUAUGAGAGAAUUCAAAUUAUCCGAUUUUCUUGAACAAUCACGCUGUUGUCAUUUGUUAAAUUCUGGUGAGCGUAUUAAUGUUCGCGGUUCCAAAGUAACACUUAUUAAGUACAACGACAAAGUUAAAUCUCUGUUGAAUGUCGAGAGGGUUGUUAUUAAUUUGAGGUGA